AUGAAUCCGGCGACUGAACUUACACCAGUGCCAUUAGCAUCAGCGCUAUCAAAGAAGUUCGAUGCAUCGAAAAUAAUCAAGGAAGAUUUGGAUCUCUCAUCGAUUGGUGAAGCAGGAAGACUUGCUUUUUUACUGCACGGUGUAUUUACACCAGCGGAGUGUGAACGUUUGAUUAAAAUAUCCGAACACACAGGAUACACACCAGCGUUAGUACAUGUUGGUGGCGGUAAACAAGUUCUCAUUAAAGGAUACAGGGAUGGUUUAAGGGUGCUAGUCGACGAUCCAUAUUUUGUUAGCCGUCUUUUGCAACGCAUAUCACCAUUUCUACCUCAAGUAUUCAAAGGCGAGAAAUUGAUUGAGAUUAACGAACGAUUACGGUUUCUACGCUAUGACCCUGAUGAUCAAUUUAAGCCGCAUUGUGAUGCAUCUUAUGCACGACCAGACGAAUCGGCCAGAACCCUAAUUACGUUGCAGAUAUAUUUGAACGAGGGUUUCGGAGGAGGCGAGACAACGUUUUUGGAACGUAGAAAUGGAAGCAAACGGGUGCCUGUUGUUCCGCAAACAGGAAUGAUAUUGGUGUUCGAACAUAACAUUUUGCAUGAAGGCUCUGUGGUGAAAAGUGGUCAAAAAUACACAAUUCGAACGGAUGUACUGUACACAAUGAAGAAAUAA